CCUGACGAGCUCGGCCUCUGUCCCGUAGGCACACGGGUGUACAGCCCACCGGAGUGGGUCCGCUACCGCCGCUACCACGGCCGCUCGGCCACGAUCUGGUCCCUGGGCGUCCUGCUCUACGACAUGGUCUGCGGGGACGUCCCCUUCGAGCAGGACGAGGACAUCAUCCGGGGCCAGCUCUCCUUCCGGCGGCGGCUGACGGUGGAGUGUCAACAUCUCAUCAGGUGGUGUUUGUCCAUGCACCCCUCCGACAGGCCAUCUUUGGAGGACAUUUUCAACCACCCAUGGCUGCAGGGCAUUCACCUCCCCCAGGAGACGGCAGAGAUCCACCUGCACAGUUUGAUCCAGGAGCCUGGCAAGUAA